AUGAUGUACGCGUAUGAUAUCUUGCAGCAGCGGAAUGAUGCGAAGGAGGCUGAGCGCCCCAAAAACAAAGUCGCACGGUACCAGUCGAAGAAUGUGCGCCCUUCCUGCUGGAUAAAUGAGGAAAUACGCACUGCGGGGGAGGUUGAUUUACCGCCCGUGCUGCCGCCUCCUGCCUCUUCUCCGUUUUGCAUGACAACCUCUUCCUCCGACUGGCUGGUGCGGGACGACGGGAAUGCCAUAAGGGACAUGGUCCAGACUGCCGUCGGAGGCGAAACACGGCUGCAGGAACCUGGCGCGGCUCUAUAUACAUCAUUGAGUACCCCGCGGGAAGUACUUACCUCACCUUCCAUUGAGUGCGAAUUGUGCACGACGUCUUCUGAGGAGGUUCGGUACGUUCCCCACGGAUCAAUGGAAUCUGCAGUGGCAGUCGAGGAAGUGGUAGUGAUAAUUGAUGCGGCUGCAGAGGGGAGGGAGGUGCCGCUUGACGCGUUGGAGGGAAGCAGCAACGACGACAACCGUCAACAGCAGUCUGCCUUAUCAUCAUUAGUGGCCCUAUCGGAAAACUUGGAGGGUUCAAUUUGUCCUCGGGGAGGCGAUGGUAUUGUUGAUGCCGCUGCGGACAGUUCUAUUGUUUUGGAGACUGAGGAUGAGUGCGACAAUGGUAUAUUGCUUCCUGACGAUGAGAGCUUUUCCAUUACUUUCUCCUCCACCAACAUUGAGAUCCCACUGCCGCCACUGUCACCGCCACAGCAACAGGACAACACGUCGCACGGAGUGAUGAACUCGGUUGAUGCGUUUGGGGUGUUUAGCGGGGGGACUGCCUUGCAGUUGCCGCAAAUUGUUAUGGUUCCUCGUGUGGAAAAUGAACCUUUAUCUUCUAUCGAAGAGUUCGGACAGUCUGAAAUGGAGCAACGGUCCACACCACUAACAUCUUCAUCGUCAUCAUCACCGUCGCCGUUACCGCCCUACGGAGCGGAAUUGUUUCAAGAGGGAUGUCCCGUGGUCGCAGUGGCCUCUGUUGUUGCAGCAUCACGGCAGUCUUCUUUGGCAGCUGAGGAGACCCAAUGCCCACCACCGCCGCGGUGUUUUGACUAUUAUCUGCGACGGGGUAAGGCGAAGCGGAAACAGCGGGAGGCGGAGGCGGAGGAAUGUCAACGGCAGCUCAAUGAGGAGGAGGAAAGACGCCACACUCCACAGGUCUCCUUGUACGCAGAAAGGCGCGGCCCGCGUUCUUUCAAUGAAUACGUGGAGGCCUCCCGGGAGUGGGAAACGCUACGGGCGAGCCACAUAAAGUCCAUCACGGCGCAACUUGAGUCUGCCGAUGAGACAAGACGACGUGCCGUCGUAAAGGUCAACGUGACAUCGGAACGUCUUCUGAAGGAAAUGGUGGGGAGAAGGAAGCGUGUCGGUGUCAUGGAAAGUUCGACGCAGCACGCGGCCGCCCGCCAGUCAUGGUUGAAACAACUGCAGGAAAAGUAUGCCCCGAGCUUUAAACCGACCAUCCUACGCACGACUGGGCGACGAAAGGCAUCUGAAAGCGAAACACAACGGAAAGGAGGGCCGCAUGCAGUUGAAGACAGUUGUUAUGACCGUUUUAUGCGCUACCGCGAAGAAAGCGAGAAGAAGCGGGAACAGCUUCGACAGCGUGAGGCGGAGAAGCAGCAUCAACAACCGAAAACGAGGCGCACCAUCACGCAAAUCACGGAAUAUGUGCGCUCAAUGUGGGAAAGAGACGAAAGUCGGCGAGAUAAGUUGAGGCGGCAAGUGGAGAAGGAGCGAGAGGAGGAAAAGGAGAAAAUGCGGGCAAUGAAGCCACAAUUGAGUCGGCGAUCAUUGGAGCUUGCGGAGCGCCUCCGCCAACGCCAACGUACGGCCGAAAGAUCGGCACCAACCACUACAUCCGUGCCGCAUGUAGGCGUCUCCCAUCAAGAUGGAACGUGUCAAAAACUUUGGGGUGCGGCGGGUGGAAAGAAGAGAAGCCCCGAGCCAAAACCACCGACUCCAGCCACAAACCGCAAGUUAUCGUUUUCCUCAAAAUCCUGCAGUUGCCAUUGCAAGCCUCUCAGACGUGGUCUCAGGGGCAUUGUCCCACCUGCUGUCUCACCGGAAUUUGAGGAACGUAACGCGCGGCUGUUGCGAAUGCGGCAACAGCGUGCGGAGUCACGGCGUCACGAAGUGGAAAAGGAACUAGCGCAAGCGUGUACAUUCAGGCCGCGGGUUGACCCGGUGUCGCGGAGGAUGGCGGAGUCGCAUCGUCGAGAGUCUGUGCGGCCUAACACUUUGCAACAGGAGCGGUCGAGUUGCUUCAGGGGUAAAAGGCGUCCCUGCGUCUUUUCUGCCACUAUGGCAGACGUCACAAAGGACGUUGAAAAGGACCUUGCAUGGGCCAGUGACGUGCGCGUGGCAAUGCAGGUGGAUGAAGCAGUUGAGGGCAAUUUGUUUAUUCCCCACGAUGAAGAUACCGAUGAGGAAAACUUGAAGUCGCAUAUUGAAGGCCUCGAGGCAAUAUUGGAGCAGUGGAAGCAACUGGAGGCGGAGUAUCGUAUUUAA